UGCCCGCGCGUCGCCGCCAUGGCCCCUAUGCUGGCGGCCUUGGCGCUGCUCGCCCUGAUAUCCGUAUCGGAGCAAGGACCGCACGAGAAGCGUCUUCUGAACAGUCUUCUCAACUCCUACAAUACAUUGGAGCGGCCGGUAGCCAACGAGAGUGAACCGCUUGAGGUUAAGUUUGGACUCACGCUGCAACAGAUCAUUGACGUGGACGAGAAGAAUCAACUACUUAUAACCAAUAUAUGGCUGUCAUUGGAAUGGAAUGAUUACAACCUAAGGUGGAAUGACAGCGAUUAUGGAGGCGUUAAAGAUCUUCGCAUCACACCGAACAAGCUUUGGAAACCAGACGUUCUUAUGUAUAAUAGUGCUGACGAGGGUUUUGAUGGGACGUACCAGACCAACGUGGUGGUCAGAAACAACGGCAGUUGCCUGUACGUACCCCCGGGCAUUUUCAAGAGCACAUGCAAGAUAGACAUCACCUGGUUUCCCUUCGAUGACCAACAUUGCGACAUGAAGUUCGGUAGCUGGACUUACGACGGCAAUCAGCUGGAUCUGGUGUUAAAAGAUGAGGCAGGCGGUGACUUAUCUGAUUUUAUAACGAAUGGAGAAUGGUAUUUAAUAGGUAUGCCAGGGAAGAAGAAUACAAUAACAUACGCUUGCUGUCCAGAACCGUAUGUGGACGUGACGUUUACAAUUAUGAUAAGAAGGCGAACGCUAUACUAUUUCUUCAAUUUGAUAGUCCCUUGUGUAUUGAUAUCCUCUAUGGCCCUUCUCGGGUUCACCCUGCCACCUGACUCCGGGGAAAAACUGACACUUGGAGUCACUAUUCUUCUAUCGCUGACGGUGUUCCUCAACCUGGUUGCUGAGACCCUGCCGCAGGUCUCCGACGCAAUUCCCCUGUUAGGGACUUACUUCAAUUGCAUCAUGUUUAUGGUGGCUUCGUCUGUGGUGCUAACUGUCGUCGUUUUAAAUUACCACCAUCGAACAGCGGAUAUACAUGAAAUGCCUCAAUGGAUAAAAACAGUGUUCCUACAAUGGCUGCCUUGGAUCUUGCGCAUGUCGAGACCAGGGAAGAAAAUAACACGGAAGACGAUAAUGAUGUCAAAUAGAAUGAGAGAGUUAGAGUUAAAAGAGCGUUCGUCCAAAUCUCUACUAGCCAACGUAUUGGAUAUAGAUGAUGACUUUAGACAUGUACCACCACCACCAAACAGUACUGCAUCUACAGGGAACUUAGGACCGGGAUGUUCAAUAUUUAGAACGGAUUUUCGUCGUUCGUUCGUCCGACCAUCGACCAUGGAAGACGUCGGUGGUGGUCUCGGGAGCCACCAUCGAGAACUACACUUAAUCUUAAGGGAGUUGCAGUUCAUCACGGCAAGGAUGAAAAAAGCAGACGAAGAAGCAGAACUCAUUAGCGAUUGGAAAUUCGCAGCGAUGGUUGUGGACAGGUUCUGUUUGUUCGUGUUCACGUUAUUUACGAUCAUCGCGACGGUGGCCGUGUUGCUGUCGGCACCGCAUAUCAUCGUACAGUGAACAACGCUAACCUAGUCCCUUAAUGCAACUACGAGAGAACUAAUUUAGUUAUAAAAAUGUAAUUAUAAUUAUGUAUAGUAAUAUAAUUAAUUACAUUGAUACGUGGUUCAAACGCACACGUCUCUUAAACUAAGUCGAAAGACGGUAAACGGUGAAAACUUUAAAACGUUACAUUUAGCUUAGUUAAGUCCAGCAUUAAUAUUUAUAAAAGAAUUGUGAUGUUGAAUAGGGGGUACAUGUAAAUGUUGACGUAUAAUUUGUUAAAUAUAUAAUUAUAUUUCUAAUAAAUACGGUUAAAUAUAUGACUAAAAUGUUUAGUUAAAAAUAUUUUAAAUGGCAAGCGUGAAUCAGACUUACUUUGGUUCAUUAUAUACAACAAUCCACAUAUUAUUUAAAGUAUUGAUAUCUUUUGAUACAUAAGAAAUAUAUCUACUGUACUUAGGUGAUUUUGAUACAUGAUAAUUUUUAUUAGAUUUCAUUCUGAAUAAAAUUAUUUCAGAGAUUUAACAUCAAAGCGAGUAACUACAUUUUUGAAGAGUAAUAAGAAAUCCGAGAUGAGACGAAUCCUUUUAGCAAAUGAGGGAUCACUAUCAAUGACAUUACCGUAGGAAGUUAAGUAAUGUACAUAACGUAAACUAUAUUAGAAUCAUAAUAGAUACAAGUAUUGGGUCACGUUAUCAGGUUAUUUUGUUUUGUAAUAUCAUUGGGAUCGGUCGUUGAUACUUGGAUUAUCGGUUUAGAUACCGUACGAUAUCGGGAAUUGGUAACGUUUGUGGAAUUGAACCAGAUUAAAUAAGUAAAAGGAACCAAAGUAACGGUAGAAUAUAAAGUAGAUACGCGUAUUAAAUAAUUUUAAAUUAAAAAAACUACUUAAAUUGAAACGUGAAAUAAAUAUAAUUAUGUAUUAAUUUAAGUUGUAGAUGAGAAGAGUCAUCUUAAUUUUGGUACGACGUGUGUUGAUGCGAAUAAAUAUUUAGGAUCAGUUAUGUAAUUGAAUAUUGUUUAAAUGAUAAUACUAGAUACGUUUGGUUGAAUAGAUGACCCUUGAUAAUAGUUGCAAUGUAACACGCUGCUGAUUAUUAUAAUGUAUCGUGUGUAUGAUUUUAUACGAAAAUAUGUAUAUAAAAUGCGGGUAAUUUAACGUACCGCGAUUUAGGUUCUUAAUAGCAAUGAAAAUUGAAAUGCGAAGCAACGUUCUAAAUAUGUAGGCGAAUACCCAGAAGAUAGCGUCAUUGUCAUUCACCAGUAUUUUGAGACGUGAAUAUUAGCUAUUGUGUCUUCAAUGUGUUGAGUGACGGUGCUAUCUUUGAUUCGGGUGAAAAAUCCUUUAGCACUUACUGUAGUAAUAGCGACUAUUGUAAUUUAGAUAAAUUAUGUAAUUAUGACAUUUAUUCACGUCUUUAUCUAUGUCCGUUCCUCAAUUUCGCUCUUAUAGAUGUCGUGAUAGCCUAGUCAAUGUCGUGUCUCUUACUAAUUAAGGCUACCGUGUUACUAUAAGGAAGCUCACUAACUCUAGUGGUUUAUAUAAAAUUAAAUAAAUCGUAUCAUUGUAUUUAUUAAAAUCAAGUAUUACUAUUUUAUAAAAAAAUAUAUUGUGUUUUUGCUGCAAU